AGGGAACAACGUCGCGUAAAACCGGUUACCGGCGAAUAAACGUGUUUCGCAUUCGAGAGAAUAAGAAAUCUAAAUUAAAUUCAAAAUAGCAAAAAAUAGAUCUCCUUCCCGCAGAUCGGAUUUUCAUUUUUUUGAAUUUUUUUCGGAGGAUUUGGAAGGUGACGGUGAAUGGAAUGUAGCUGUUGAUGACAUCAGAGGAUUCAUUGCUUGUUCCAGUAAUUGAUUUUGUCGAACUUUAUUUUAAAUUCUUUCGGCUCGAAUCUUGAGGCGUUCGCGUUACUGGAUUGGGGUUUUGGUUGUUGUGAUUGGUUUCUGUGAUUUUCGGAGGAAGAAAUUCUUUAUGUUGACAAAUCUGAUCGGGAAAUUGAACGCGGUUUGAGUAUUCCUGGAUGGCUUCAGCGCAGGUGCUGCCCAAUUCAGGAGAUUCUUCACGUAAAGGGCAUCUUGAAGCUGGGAAACGCCGGCUGGAGGAGUUUCGCAAGAAAAGGGCAGAAGUGCGUGCUAAGAAGCCUGCACCUACUGGGCAACAACAAUCUAAAGAUCUUGGUCAACAUGAUAUACAGCCACACGAAAGUGAACUUACAAGACUUACAAAUUCAGAUGGUGCUGUCACAUCUGAAAGAGAGAGUGUUUCUGGCACCGAAUUGUCUGGGUUUGUCUCGGCAGGUGAUACCCAAGCUUAUCUUGGUUCAUCUAAUGGUACACAUGAUGAGCCUUCUGUUUCAGCCAAUAAUUAUGAAGCAUUUUCCGCUGGAAAAGAUCAGGGCUCUAAGUACUAUGAUGGUUCAGGUCUUCAUGGAUCAAUGGAAUUUAUAAUAAAAGAUUCCAGUAUGACACAACCUGGGAAUUCAGUUAGAGUUCAUGCAAAAAGUGACAUGGUGGGUUUUGCCACCAAAUUAGGCAGUGGAAAUAUAUCCACCAUAUAUGAAGAUUCCAUACAUUCAACGACCAAUGCAAUAGAGUCUGCUACCGAAGUUAAACAAUCCAUGAAUGAUAGUGUGGAUUUUAACAUACCUUCAAAGAUGGGAGAGGCAAUGCUUAGAAGCUUUAAUGAUCAUCGCAAAAGUAUGAACAAUACACCGUGGCAAUCAGAGUCCCUUUCUACGGCUUAUGGUUUAGAUACCAGAAGUUCUUCCAACCAUGUUUCACCUUAUUCAGCCUUACCUGAAGCUGGCAGUCAGCAAUCUCGUCCAUCCUUCCUUGACUCUCUUAAUGUGUCCCGAGCCUCUUCUGUUUCUCACUUCCCAACAACUGAAUCAGGAAAAGCUGCGCCAUUUAUGUCUAAAAGUUCAAAAGUUCACAGUGUAGAGGGUCUGCCAUCAUUUACUUCUCACCAGCAAUAUACAGAAUCUGAAACCAUGGGACCUAUUGCUAAGUCAGGAACUCAAAAUCUCCACGGGGGAUAUGAAGUACCUGCAGUGAAUUAUUCAGUUCCUGUCAGUAACGAGGGUGAAUCACUAAGGCAGAAUGCAGAGGAAAAUAGCAUUAAGAAGAAGCCUGAAUUCGGUUCAUUGAAGCACAAUGAAGACUUCACAGGUUUAGAGCAGCAUAUUGAAGAUUUGACACAACAAAAGUUCUCUUUGCAGCGAGCGCUUGAUGGUUCACAAACUUUAGCAGAGUCAUUGGCCGCUGAAAAUUCUUCUCUCACAGAAAGCUAUAACCAGCAGGGAGCAGUUGUCAACCAACUAAAAUCUGAUAUGGAAAGUUUACAAGAAGAAAUCAGGACUCAGCUGCUAGAACUGGAGUCUGUCAAAAUGGAUUAUGCAAAUGCACAACUAGAAUGUAAUGCGGCUGAUGAGCGAGCCCAAAUAUUGGCUUCUGAGGUCAUAGGUUUAGAAGAAAAGGCACUCAGAUUGAGGUCAAAUGAGCUAAAGCUCGAGAAGCAAUUGGAUAACUCAAAUGCAGAAAUUACUUCGUACAAAAAGAAAGUGUCUAGCUUGGAGAAAGAGCGUCAGGAUUUGCAGUCAACCAUAGAUGCUCUGCGGGAAGAGAAAAAGCUACUGCAAUCUAUGCUACGAAAAGCAUCUACGGGAAAGCCUGUUGAUGUCAGCAAGAGUGCCACUACUACAAAAGACGUAUCAACUUCUACAAUGGACAUAGAAGAUGAUGUGUAUGCUUCAGUGACUGGGGAAAAUAGUUGUUCUGACACGAGCACUUUCAACCUUGAAAUGCAAGACACUGCAUCUAUACCCUUAAGCAGAACCUCAACUUCCCCAUUGGUGCCUGAGAAUAUACAGUUCCAUCCUUCAGCUGUAUCUGCUUCUAUCCCUCCAGAUCAGCUCAGAAUGAUUGACAACAUUAAUUCAUUGAUUUCAGAGUUGGCAUUGGAGAAAGAUGAAUUGAUGCAAGCUUUGGCAGUUGAAUCCUCUCAAAGUUCCAAGCUGAAGGAUUUAAAUGAGGAGCUGUCCCGAAAGCUGGAGGUUCAGACGCAGAGGUUAGAGCUGUUGACUACCCGAAGAAUGGUAAGCGAGAACAUCCCAACAAGACAAGCUGAUACACGCACCAUGACAGAUAGUACAGUUUAUGCCGAUGAAGGGGAUGAGGUAGUAGAGAGGGUCUUGGGCUGGAUAAUGAAGCUGUUUCCUGGAGGGCCGUCGAAACGCCGGACCAGCAAGCUUCUUUGAUCAGUACUCAGGAAUUCCAAUAACCAAAAUUGCAUCCCCCUCCAAGCCACCUUUUCUCUGCUAGCGUUGGAUUGGAUGGAGGUCACCAUCUGUAUAUUGUGAGCCAUUAAAUCUGGUCCAUUCUUUUCAUCAGAAGAAAAUGAGGGUUAUUUUCUCUUUCCCUUCCUUUCCCUCAUUCUUUUUCCCUUUUUCCUAAUUUUAUGAAAGGGGGCUGUUCUUUCUUUUAUAGUAAAGAUCGAGUCCAUUAAGUACUCACUUUAGUUUCCUUCCGAUCUUCUGGAUUUUUGAGAAUGUGAGAUCCUAUUUACACUAUUUUGACUUUCAUGAUCAGCAUCCAGCGAUGAAAAGUGCCAUUACAAUCAAUCUCAAGGAAACAAGAGAAAAAGAAUGGAAUCUCUCAAUCUCUCUAGAGGAUUAUGCAAUUGGUUUUCUUAUUCUUUUUCUUUUUUUUUUUCUCCCCUCAAAUUGUAGUGGGGAAGAUGAAAUAUAGAGGCCAAGAAAGAAUAGCAGUGUACUACAUUGUCAUUUGCAUUUGUAAGCCGUGCACGUAUUUUCAUGAUUCUUGUAGUUAGGUUUCAACAUUUUGUGGAGCUUAAUAUGCUCAAAAUCUUAAAACCCAUGAUUCCUGGGUUCGGGUUUGUGUAUACUAUAUGAGGAAUAUAAUUAAUUACAUUGAUGCAAUUGAC